AAAAAAUCAGAUUGUUUCAAGAAAACAGUUAUCAAAUCAUCGACUGCUACAACAGAAAGAAGAAAAUGGACCUCCGUGAAUCGAUCAAGAACCAAACCGACGUCGCUUUGGCUCUAACAAAGCGCGUUCUGCUAACGGAAGCUAAGAGCUGUAACUCAGUGUUUUCACCACAGUCGAUUCAGGUGGUGCUUGGGCUUAUUGCUGCCGGCUCGAAAGGCGCUACACUUGAUCAGUUGCUUUCUUUUCUCAAAUCAAAAUCAAAUUACGAGCUCAAUUCGUUUUCUUCGGAGCUUGUUGCCGUGGUUUUCUCCGAUGGAAGUGCCGCUGGUGGGCCUCGAUUGUCUUUUGCUAAUGGAGUUUGGGUUGAUAAGGCCCUUUCUCUCAAGCAUUCUUUCAAACAGAUUGUGGACGAUGUUUAUAAGGCUGCUUCUAGUAAUGUUGAUUUCCAGACCAAGGCUGUUGAAGUGGCUAAUGAAGUAAAUGCGUGGGCUGAGAAGGAGACUAAUGGCCUUAUCAAAGAGGUUCUUCCUUCUGGUUAUGUUGACAGUUCAACCAGACUCAUAUUUGCAAAUGCACUCUACUUCAAGGGUGUUUGGAAUGAAAAAUUUGAUGCUUCUACUACAAAAGACCAUGACUUUUACCUUUCGAAUGGAACUUCUCUUCGUGUGCCCUUUAUGACUAGCAAGAAGAAGCAAUUUGCUCGUGCCUUUGACGGAUUUAAAGUCCUUGGUCUUCCUUAUGUCCAAGGUGAAGAUAAACGCCAAUUCUCCAUGUACUUGUUCCUUCCUGACGCAAAAGAUGGCCUGCCUGCUUUGACUGAGAAAGUGGGUUCUGAAUCCGAGUUCUUGGAUCAACACAUUCCGCGGCAGCAGGUUGAAGUGGGCGAUUUCUGGAUUCCUAAGUUUAAGAUCUCCUUUGGUUUUGAAGCUACCAAAACUCUUAAUGGAUUAGGACUGGUGCUGCCAUUCUCUGGGGAAGGAGAUUUGACUGAGAUGGUGGAGUCCUCUGUUGGGCAGAACCUAUAUGUAUCAAGCAUAUUCCAUAAAUCAUUCAUUGAAGUAAAUGAAGAAGGCACAGAAGCUGCAGCUGCUUCUGCUGGCGUUAUAAAAUUGAGGAGUCUGGCUGUUUUUGAGAAAAUUGACUUUGUAGCUGAUCAUCCAUUCUUGUUCAUCAUCAGAGAAAACAUAACUGGAAUGGUCAUGUUCAUCGGCCAUGUGUUGGAUCCCUCACAGACCAAUUAAGCCUCAUGUAUUGGAGAACACAUGUAAGUAGAUCAAGCCUGUUAAGCAUAAGACUAUAUUUAAUAACUGAUGCUUGGUUUGACGUAUUAUGCUUUGCUACUCCCUCGGUGCCUUGCUGGAUUGUUUAAUGCAAGGCGUUGGCUUAUGUAUAAAAGGUGUUUGCCUUGAAUUAGAGAUUUCUGUUAUUAGUUAUCACUAAUUCUUCUUUUCAGCAGCAAGAGCUUGAUUGUUUGAUUUAAUAAAUUUUAUAUGAUUUUGAUGCUAUUUUGUAA